AUGUGGACAGACACCGCUGCCACAUUUAGGAAGCAAUCCACUACCCACAGAGCCCUUGAGAGAUAUCUUCUAAAGUUUAACCUGCGCACACAACACCUACCACGCCUUCACAACACAACACCUACCAGGCCUUCACAGCUCCGACUUACGAGUAAUGCCCCGAGCCCCGAAUAUACAUCGGAAGCAAAGCAUAUAUGGGCCGGUCACAUCAUGAGAACAAUCGAUGAUAGAUGGACUAAAAGAACGCUACAGUGGAUCCCAAGGGAUCCUGAACGCACUCGGAGGAGGCCACCAAAUGAAUCCAAAAAAGUUCCAUAUAAAUAUAAAAUCCAUAUAAAAAGAAUGAAUGGACCAGCUGAGAGAUCAGCUGGAUACGGCUUAAAGACCUCGGCAACGUCACUGAGGAACAAGAAACUUGAGAACACCUCGGAUGACAAUAGCGAGGGAAUAAAACAAGUGGAAAAGACGCUGGGGCCUGCACAUCCAGUGAAGAUCCAAGUAUCUAAGUGUUUGAGUGAAGAUAUAAGUAGAGUGGUAUAG